CGGCGGAAGCGGCAGCUCGUCUCUUCCGGUCCCGGUCCAAGAUGAACGCGCCUCCCGCCUUCGAGUCUUUCCUUUUGUUCGAAGGAGAGAAAAAAAUCAGCAUCAGCAAAGACACGAAAGUCCCGAACGCGUGUCUCUUCACCCUGAACAAGGAGGACCACACCCUGGGCAACAUCAUCCGAGCGCAGUUGCUGAAGGAUCCUCAGGUUCUAUUUGCUGGUUAUAAAGUUCCUCAUCCUCUGGAGCACAAGAUCGUGAUCCGAGUCCAGACACACCGGACUAACAGCCCCCAGACCAAGACCAAGACCAGGACUAAGACCAAGACUACAGCCCCCACAGACAAGACCAACUAA